AUGCUCCAAGAAUGCCACUGCACAGGCAACGUUAUAGGGAAAAAUUCCACGCUACAUAUCACCAAGAAACCAUCAAUCGACACUACAAACAUUGUGGUGGACAACGACACUGCUAAUCCAGAUGUUCUUCGUUACCUAUACGCUGACAAUACCGUGACGUGUGCGAUCAUGAAAUUGCGCUACUUUGUCUAUCAAUGCCUCCUUUGGGUUCGAAACACCACGAAGAACACUGUGUCGGAGAGAUGUUUAAAGAAGCACGCCACUCUGUGUGGAGAUGGUGUUCCCUUGUAUGACAAAGAUACCUGCAGGGAUUAGUAAACAUCAGCGCAAAACGUAAAAAAAAACUUGUAGUGCGAAUAAAACAAAGAAACUAAGAGUUUAUGUCAG